GAAAAAAGUAUAUAUUGCAGACACGCGAGAAAAGAGUGACAGAGUUUGUGAAAAUCUUGAAGUUUAUAUCUGUCGACCACUUUACGGGACAAUCCUGCGCAGAAUUUGCGCAGAACUGGUCGCAAUUAACACACCCGGCUACGAUUCAUGCAAGGCUAUAUCGACUGUCAUUGUCACAUCUCUUCGAGAGAUUUUGACGAUGACAUUGAUAGUGUUAUUGAGCAAUCAAAAAAGGCUGGGGUUCAGGCUCUUGUUGCAGUAGCAGAGCAUGCUGGGGAGUUUGAGAAAAUCAUACAGCUUUCACAGAGGUUUCCUGGGUUUAUCAUACCUUGCCUUGGAGUUCACCCUGUUCAAGAAGAUCCAGCACAAUCCAGGGGGGCAUUACUCGAGGAUUUAGAUUCUGCCUUGCCCUUAAUUGAAAAAUAUAAAGAGCACAUUGUGGCCAUUGGUGAGGUUGGACUUGAUUUCACACCCCGGAUAGUCAGUACCGAUGCGGGGAAAGAAUUACAAAGACAAGUACUCAUUCGUCAAGUAGAAAUCGCGAAGCAACUAAAUUUACCUCUAAAUGUCCACUCAAGAUCUGCUGGAAGACCAACCAUCCACCUUUUAAAAGAGCUAGGUGUAGAAAAUGCUCUUCUUCAUGCAUUUGAUGGAAAACCCUCAGUCGCAAUGGAGGGUGUACGUGCAGGCUAUUUCUUUUCUAUUCCACCUUCAAUCAUAAGAAGUGAGCAGAAGCAGAAACUUGUAAAACAAUUGCCACUAGAAAAUAUUUGCCUGGAGACUGACUCACCAGCCCUUGGACCUGAAAAACAGGUGAGAAAUGAACCGAAAAAUAUUACCAUUAGUGCAGAAUAUAUUGCUAAAAUAAAAGGCGUUCCUGUGGAAAAGGUCAUCGAAGUCACCACACUCAAUGCUCUUCGUCUUUUCCCCAAGUUGAAGACAUUUAUCACUCAUUUAUGACUGUCAAGAGACAGCCUCUACAAGUGCACUUUGUAUUUCAGUUUGGCAGGGACACAGUGUUUUGUUAUUUUGGCUCUUGUCUUUAGUGCAUUCAAUUUUAAAUGAAAUAUUGACUACAAAGUGUAAUUGUACAAUGGCAGAUUUAAUGACAUGGUGUAUGUGUCCCACCACAUUGUAAAGUUUAUAUCAUACUUCUUAAGUGAUUGUUCAAAGUCAAAUAAAAUGCACUGGCAUACAGAAGCUAAAGGAACAAAAUGCAUAUCAGCUGCAAUGGAUCUUUGUUAAAUAAUUAAACAAUCGGAAUAUAAACAUUUAUAAACAUUGUGCUGCAUUAGAUUUAAAAUUGUGAAAAUUUACAACUGUGUCUGGUUUGUUUAUUUGGACAAUGAUGCUUUUUUUUUGCUUUUGUUUAUUAACUGCACAAUUUACUGAGUAAAAAGCAGGAUAUAUACUUACAGGAUAGCAGGCACAAGAUAUAAACUUUAUAAGGCUAUGAGUUUUAUAAGUUUCACCUGAUUUGGACACACAAACCCUAAAGACAAGGAGCAUUCAUUUUAUUAGGUUAAUCAAAACCAAGGUAAACCAUUGUUUUCUUUUAUUUAUAUUGUCCUCCCAAACGAGCAUGAAUAAUUGUUGACUACAUAUGCCUUAUAUGUCUAAACAAAAAAUUUAACGUAAAUAUGUUUCUAAAUGUAACUGCACUUGUAACAAUUCAUAUUGGAGUGAACAAUAACGACAUGGGUUUUUUUUUAUGAUGAUGCUAAAGUGUGUUAUAAAAAAUUAGGGUUUAAAAGUAUUCAGGUUAUAAAUGGGAGUUUAUGGAGCAUAUCGAUCAUGCUCUUUAUAUAUUUCUUGAUGUCACCUUUGUGUUCUUUUGGAGGUCAUUUUCCCCCCAAACAUUAAUAUGUUCUUGAAAUGUUUUGCCUAGUUAACGUGAAAAAGGAUUAAUUUACUUUCUAUCAGAUUGACCGUACACAGAUUUGUUGUAUAUUGGGAAUGAAACACUACACAAUGUUUUAUCAGUUGACCUUUAAAUUGUUCAGAAAAUAAAACAAAUAAGCUAA